AUGUCCUCCAUCCUGCCGUUCACUCCCCCCAUCGUCAAGCGGCUGCUGGGCUGGAAGAAAGGGGAGCAGAACGGGCAGGAGGAGAAAUGGUGCGAGAAGGCGGUGAAGAGCUUGGUGAAGAAGCUGAAGAAGACGGGGCAGCUGGACGAGCUGGAGAAGGCGAUCACCACGCAGAACAUCAACACCAAGUGCAUCACCAUCCCUAGCCUCUGUUCAGAGGUUUGGUCCAGUAGCACAAACUCGGUGCAAGAUGAAUGGGACACAACCACAUUUUAUGCAUUAGUCCUCCAAACCAAAUCACUAGAUGGCCGGUUGCAAGUAUCCCACCGUAAAGGGCUUCCCCAUGUGAUCUACUGCCGGCUAUGGCGUUGGCCAGACCUUCAUAGCCACCAUGAGCUGCGUGCCAUGGAGAUGUGCGAGUAUGCCUUUAACAUGAAGAAAGAUGAAGUCUGUGUCAACCCCUAUCACUACCAAAGAGUGGAGACUCCAGUUUUACCUCCAGUGCUGGUCCCAAGGCACACAGAGAUUCCAGCAGAGUUCCCGCCAUUAGACGAUUAUAGUCAUUCCAUUCCAGAGAACACUAACUUCCCGGCAGGUAUUGAGCCACAAAGCAACUACAUUCCAGAGACACCUCCUCCAGGUUAUCUGAGUGAGGAUGGAGAAACCAGUGACCAUCAGAUGAACCACAGCAUGGAUGCAGGUUCUCCAAAUUUAUCUCCAAAUCCUAUGUCCCCAGCACAUAAUAAUCUGGAUCUGCAGCCUGUUACCUACUGCGAGCCAGCUUUCUGGUGCUCUAUAUCCUACUAUGAACUCAACCAGCGAGUAGGGGAGACAUUCCAUGCUUCACAGCCUUCGAUGACCGUGGAUGGCUUCACCGAUCCUUCUAACUCAGAACGCUUCUGUCUUGGCUUAUUGUCUAAUGUGAACAGAAAUGCAGCAGUGGAGCUCACAAGACGACACAUUGGAAGAGGAGUAAGGCUGUACUACAUUGGAGGAGAGGUGUUUGCCGAGUGCCUUAGCGACAGUGCCAUUUUUGUCCAAUCUCCUAACUGUAACCAACGUUACGGCUGGCACCCCGCAACUGUUUGCAAGAUUCCACCAGGGUGUAACUUGAAGAUUUUUAACAACCAGGAAUUUGCAGCCCUUUUGGCUCAGUCUGUGAAUCAGGGUUUCGAGGCUGUGUAUCAGUUGACCAGAAUGUGCACAAUCCGAAUGAGCUUUGUCAAGGGCUGGGGAGCUGAAUACAGGCGGCAGACUGUGACCAGUACCCCCUGCUGGAUUGAACUGCAUCUUAAUGGCCCUUUGCAGUGGCUAGACAAGGUCCUUACACAAAUGGGUUCCCCAAGCAUUCGUUGUUCCAGUGUAUCUUAA